AGCGCCAAGUAAACUAACAAACCACAUCCAUCUCUCUCUGCUCCUCUCCCGGAAUCCGCAGCUAUGGUUAGAGGAAAAUUGAGCUUCAAUCUGAUUAGGAACCGCAAAUCUCGAUGCUCCACGUUCAAGCAGAGGAAGAACAGUUUGAUGAAGAAGGCUUACGAGCUCUCCACGCUUUGCGACGUAAGAACAUGUGUUCUCAUCAAUGGCCCUGGCUUUGCGCCUGAUGAAGAUCCGUCGCUUUCCUCUGUGGAAUUUCACACUUGGCCUUCGAAUCGCAGCGAGGUUGAACAUAUGAUUCAUGCCUACAAGAACGGAAACUGUAAUUUGCAGAAACGGAAGUGUUUCGAUUUGAGUGAUUACUUCUCGGAUCGGAAGAGAAAAUUGGUAACAGAGAUGUGUAAGCAUCGCGAGAAGGUUGGGAAAAUCAUGUGGCCUGACUGGGAUGAGCGGCUUGAUUGUUUAUCGGAACAGCAAUUGAGAGAGUUCAUGAAUGGAUUGGAUUCGAGAAUCGAAGCCGCUGGUAGAAUGAUUGAUUUCAUGGACGCUGAUAACGAGAAUCUGUUCGGAAUGUUUUCCUGUGAGGAGUACGAAAAUGUUGUUCAAAUGGGAGGGGAUUCGAGUACUCCAGUGCCGCCAUUGGUUGAAUUGGAGUCCCCUGAUUCGUUGAAUACCCCUAACCCUAACCCUAAUGAGGAUGAAAUUGGGUGUAAUUUUGAGAAUCUUGAAUUUCUGUUAGAGGACGAGGAUGAGAAUUACAUGGCUCUUUACGCAAAUCUGAUGAACGAUGAACUUGAUGAAUGCAACGAUAUCGAGCAAUGGUUGAGGACGGGUAACUUCUAGA